AUGGCAUUCUUGUUCAUAUUCGUUUCUUUCUUUAUUGGGCAAAUUAUUUCUUUGCGUUGGGGGCGGGUUGGAGGAAAGGUUUGUCCAUUAUCUAUCUAUCUAUCUAUCUAUCUAUCUAUCUAUCUAUCUAUCUCAGUCUGUCCCUAUCUAUCUAUUUCAGUUUGUUCUUAUCUAUCUAUCUAUCUAUCUAUCUAUCUAUCUAUCUAUCUAUCUAUCUAUAUACCUAUUUAUUCGUUAUCUAUCUAUCGAUCAAUUUAUCUAUCGCAUAUUGUUCAUUAUCUAUCUAUCUAUUGCUUUUUCUUUCUCUUUCAUUUUCAUUGCUCUUAUCUAUCUAUCUAUCUAUCUAUCUAUCUAUCUAUCUAUCUAUCGCAAACUAUUCAUUAUAUGUCUAUCACAAACUGUCAUUAUCUAUCUAUCUAUCUAUCUAUCUCAAACUAUUCAUUAUAUGUCUAUCACAAACUGUCAUUAUCUAACUAUCUAUCUAUCUAUCAAUUGGAAAUUUAUCUAUCUAUCUAUCUAUCUAUCUAUCUAUCUAUCUAUAUAUAUAUAUAUAUAUAUAUAUAUGAAAAAUUUCUCGGAGUUAACCUGUAG